AUGUAUGUGACUCUCAAGAACUCACAUCAAGUGGUGGCGACAGCGGAUCUCGUGGAUGGACUCUACUGGCUUCGGACGACUCAACUAUCAGCGAAUGUGACAACAAGUGGAACCAGUUGUGCCGACCUACAUGCGAGAAUGGGUCAUGCUCCAGUCGAUGUACUUCGCAAGAUGAUCGCGACCAACAUGAUCAAGGAUGUGCGAGUCCCUCUCAAGUCGGGUGGAGCAACUACAUGUCGAGGAUGUCAACAAGGGAAAAUGGUCCAAAAACCAUUUCCAAGCAACCGAGACAAGCGCAGCUACGAUACGUUUGAGCUACUUCAUCUGGACAUCUGCAAGCCCAUGGAAAAGGAUUCGCUCGGUGGCAGCAAAUAUUUGCUGCUGAUCAUCGACGAAGCCAGUGGAUGCAUGAAGGGCUUUUGUCUACGAGUGAAGUCCGAGAGUGAAGACUACAUCCGGAAAUAUAUCACCAUGGUACAGACGCAAUUCUGUAAGAAGGUCAAGUUCGUGCGACACGACGGAGCUCGCGAGUUUGCAACCAACUCGCUUCAACUGUUCUACGAAGACGAAGGCAUUGAACAGCAGACGACGGUGCCGUAUGCACACCAGAACAACAGAACAGCAAUCGCGCCAUCGGGACUAUCGUCACGAUCGGCCGCAGCAUGCUUCACCAUGCCAAGUUGGACAAGUGCUUCUGGGCCGAAGCAGCGAUGA